AUGGAUAAUGAGUUCAAUGUUACCUAUAUUACUAUGGGUGGUUUUGUGGAAAUGAGCAAAUACAGGUAUUUGUAUUUUUCUAUAUUGUUUACAAUUUAUGUUUUAAUCAUUUGUAGUAAUUCUAUUAUUCUCUACCUGAUCUGGAUACACAAAAGCCUCCAUGAGCCCAUGUACAUUUUUAUUGCAGCUUUGUUAUUUAACUGUGUUCUUUACAGCACCACCGUUUACCCAAAGCUCCUGAUCGACUUUUUAUCUGAUAAACAGAUUGUAUCAUAUUCAGCCUGUAUCUUUCAGUUUUUUAUGUUUUAUACUUUAGGUGGUUCAGAGUUCAUCCUGUUGGCAGUCAUGGCUUUUGACAGAUAUGUGUCUAUUUGCAAACCUCUGAGAUACCAAAGUGUUAUGACAAAAAACACUAUAAACAUGUUUUUAGUUCUAGCCUGGUUAUUUCCUGCUUGUCAUGUUACAGUAACAUCAACACUAAGUGCUAAAUCUAAACUAUGUAACUUAACUUUAAAAGGAAUGUUUUGUAACAAUUCAGUUUAUACACUUCAGUGUGUCAGACUGGAAUCACUUACUGUGUUUGGUCUCGUUUCUUUAAUAGAUCUUGCAAUACUUCCAAUGUUCUUUACCAUUUUUACAUAUACAAAAAUAUUCAUAAUAUCUUAUAAAAAGUGUAAAACAUUCAGGAAAAAAGCUGCUGAGACCUGCAUACCCCACCUGCUGGUUUUAAUCAGCUACUUCUGUUUGAUGGCAUAUGAUGUAAUUGUAGCUCGAGUGGAGACUAAUUUUACCCAAACUGUUCAUUUUAUAAUGACUUUGCAAGUGCUCUUAUAUCAACCUUUGUUAAAUCCAUUUAUAUAUGGGCUGAAAAUGAAAGAAAUUUCUAAACAUCUAAAACGUAUUUGUUAA